AGCUGCGAGCCAAGAGAGAAACCGUGUGACCCGCGUCGGACACGGUGAGUCUGGAGUCACAUUGGAGCCGUAUAUCUACAGCACAGACACCACGAACACUCUCACCACAGCACAGACCCUGGAUAUGGCUACGUCUAUACUUGGGGAAGAACCACGGUUUGGAACUACACCUCUAGCGAUGCUGGCUGCAACCUGCAACAAAAUCGGCAACACCAGUCCUCUCACAACUCUACCUGACUCAAGCGCUUUCUCAAAAGGUGGAUUUCAUCCGUGGAAAAGAACCUCCUCCAGCUGCAACUUGGGAUCCAGUCUGCCCGGUUUCGCGGUGGCAACAAGCCGCGCGUCAACAGGACUAACACCGACCAGUGGCACCGGUAACAGCGCUUUUUGCUUAGCCUCCACCUCCCCGACCUCGUCCGCGUUUUCCACAGAGUACAGCGGUCUGUUUUCCAACUCUGCGAGCGUCACGACGCAAGAGUCGGGACAGUCGGCGUUUAUCUCCAAAGUCCACACAUCAGCAGAGACUCUGUACCCGCGGGUGGGCAUGGCGCACCCGUACGAAUCGUGGUAUAAGUCCGGUUUCCACUCAACCAUCUCUGGCGAGGUUGCCAACGGAGCGUCUUCGUGGUGGGAUGUCCACACUAACCCGGGGUCCUGGCUCGAUGUGCAAAACCCCGCAGGCACCCUCCAGACCUCGCUGCACUCCGGGACGCCCCAGGCCAUCCACUCCCAGCUGAGUGGCUACAACCCGGACUUCUCCUCGCUGACCCACUCGGCCUUCAGCUCCACGGGGAUCAGCCCCUCCGCCUCUCAUCUACUGUCCACCAGCCAGCACCUGUUAACGCAGGACGGUUUCAAAACAGUCAUCCCCACGUACACAGACGCUUCUGCCGCCAACGCCAUGAUCUCUGGGGGCAGCUCAGGAAUAAGUAGCUCCUCCAGGUCGUCCAGGCGGUACUCCGGCCGAGCCACGUGUGACUGUCCGAACUGCCAGGAGGCCGAGCGGCUGGGACCCGCUGGGGCCAGUCUGCGCAGAAAGGGACUCCACAGCUGCCACAUCCCCGGCUGCGGUAAAGUGUACGGAAAGACGUCUCACCUCAAAGCGCAUUUGAGGUGGCACACCGGCGAGAGGCCUUUUGUCUGCAACUGGCUUUUCUGCGGCAAAAGGUUCACUCGGUCCGAUGAGCUCCAGAGACACCUGCGCACCCACACCGGCGAGAAACGGUUUGCGUGCCCAGUGUGCAACAAGCGCUUCAUGCGCAGUGACCAUUUGAGCAAGCACAUCAAAACGCACACGGCGGGUGGAGGAGGCAAAAAGGGCAGCGACAGUGACACCGACACCAGCAACCUGGAGACCCCGAGGUCCGAGUCCCCCGAACUUAUUUUGGAGGGUGUGAACCCCAGAAUCAAUGUCAAAGACCCGUCUCCUCACGACGAGCCCUGAUGAGGCUUCGCUCCCAAAAUAAAAAUCAAACCACAUCAAAACCUGCACAGCAAUGAAAAACGGGUCUGACAGACAAUACAGGAGAAAAUGUACCGAGAGGCGAUUACAAAGUCUGAAAAAAAUAUUCUCCAACAGGCGUAACGAGUAAUUCAAGCGCCAGUAAAUCUAAAGAAUCCAGUGAUUUACUGUCCGGGCCUUUGGAGACAUUUUAGGGACAACUUGAAAAUGAAAGGAUGUUUGCUGAGGGUGCGCGGAAACCUGUUGAACUUUGGUUGGACAAUGUGAGUGACAUCUUGUAUAUUGACGACUAAAACUAUCCAUGUGUUAUUUUCCAUGUAAAUGUUUGGCUCUGAUUGUUUUGUUCGUGUUGGUAUAUCCUGGAAAUCAGGGAGUUUACUUUCGACGCACUUUGUGGAUAUGUAUGUACACAGCUUUCUUUCCCACUUUGGUUAACCAUUUUUAUU